UGCCGUCUUAACAUCCGGAAUUCUGAAAUCUGGAGUGAUGUAUUUGGUAAAAGUCGAAGUCUUGGGCAAUCCUGCUAGCGUGUGAGUCGUCAUUGAUCUUCUUAUGAUUGAACGAGUUGAAGAAUGUUUCAAUUGGUGUAAAUUGACCUUAUACAUGCUUGAUCAUGAAAAUUUUUUUUUUAUCAGGCUAUUCAGUAGCAAAUCUGAUCUUAAAAGGAAGAGAUUUUUUUUUUUCUUCCAAAGAAAGAUUACACGACUUAUAUUUGAAUGCCGAAAGCUGGACCAACUAUGCAAUUGCUUUCUCUCCACCGUAUUGGAGUUAAAGGUUGUUUGCUUUCGAAAGAUGGUGAAUGGGGUUUGGAGUGCCGGUUACAUAAGCAUUACAUAAUCAGAAUAUUUUGCAAUCAUUUUGCCAAUCUAUUAAAAUAUGUAUUAAUGGUCUAAAUAUAUGU